AUGGCGGAUACAGCGAUACGAGAGGUUACCAAGGGUGUUUGGACGUUUUCCCGACCAUUUGCGCGUUUUGGACUCGUCCCCAUUGGCGGGCGCUCCACUGCAAUCCAAUUGAACGAUGGGGGGCUUUGGGUGUUGGCAUCUACUCCAUUGAACGAGCCAACAAAAGCCAAGCUAGAUGAACUUGGGCCCGUCAAGUACAUCGUUUCCGCCGACGCGGUCCAUUACCUCUUUCUCAGCGAGUUCAAGAAAGCGUACCCAGAUGCGAAGCUCUAUGCUCCCAAAGCAGCUAUAGAGCGAUGCAACGACAAGACCCUCAAGUUUGACGGAGUCUGGGGUGGCUCUGACUCGGACGGGAAAACAUUUGAAUUCGAGAACGAGGCGCGUAAUUUCAUUCAACACUGCUAUUUCUCUGGGUUCAAGAAUCGCGAUGUCGCGUUCUUCCAUGCUGAUUCCAAGGUCAUGGUGGAAGCUGAUCUCUUAUUCAAUCUCCCUGCAACCGAACAGUACUCUAAAUCCACUUCGUCGGGAUACGUCCCAUCCUGGGGGCAAAUCAACCCGUGGAACUGGAUGCAUCCAAAGCUCGUCUGGCAAUUGGGCGAAAAUAAGGAGGAAAUGAAGAGAGACGCAAGGACGGUAGCUGGGUGGAAUUUCGAGAAGAUUAUCCCCUGCCACGGCGAUGUGAUUGAGAAUGAUGGCAACAAGGCGUGGAGGGAAGCAUACAAAGCCUUCCUUGACUGA